AGUGGUGGGCUGGGCCACGACGGAGAAGGUUGAACAUCUCAGCUCCUGAACGACAGUAAAUAAUGUGGAGGCAGGUGGCGGCGGCGAUGGCGGCAUUGCUGAUGGCAAUGCCCAUUCAAGCAGGGCUUCAGGAAGACAUCGAUGAGGCUGUCGACGAGAUGCCUGUCGCCCGAGCAAUACGAAAUAUUGUAUUUCCCGGCCAAAGUGCAGGAGGAGGAGGAGGAGGUAACUUUGGUGGGGGAGGAGGUUGCCAGUGCACCCCGAUGGUCGUCUGUAGCGCACCGCUGCAUGUUAUCCGCCAGACAUGCAAUCUUCCUGAUGGCAGCCAGGCUGUGUGCUGUCCUGCGGAAUUUCUCACAACCAAAUCACAAGCCAGUGGCCAGGGAGACAACAGGAUAUUUGGAGCUGCGAGAAUCAACGUCAGGGUUGGAAAUCUAAACUCCAAUGGAGUGAACGCAGCGUGUCAGAAAGGCAUCGAAGCCAUCAAACACACCGAUAAUCUGGAAAGGAAUCUCGUCAGUAAUAACGUGGUCCUUAAGAGCGGCACGCCAGCUGCAGGACAUUUGCGGCAGUUUAAAACCUCUACCCGGGCGAAGAGGAUGGCUCACAACGCCCAGGCUAUCGUGGAAGCCUCUACCAAUAUGUUAAGGGACUUUCAGUUAACAGCUCAGCAAGGAGGUUUUGGUUUGAAGAACGUGCCCGUGGCCGGUACGCUGCUGGGGCAGAUGUGCCCUCCUAUGCCCUCUUGCAGCAACCUGAAUCUCAGAUACCGCACCAUUGAUGGAUCAUGCAACAACCCAAACAAUCCCGCGUGGGGCAUGUCAACUACACCUAACCAAAGAAUCUUACCUCCCACCUACAGCGACGGUGUCUGGGAGCCCCGCACAAGAGGUGCCGACGGCAGUCCCUUGCCUAAUGUCAGACAUAUCAGCAAUAACGUUAUGGUUGAUUUAGACUUACCAGACACACAAUUCACAUCGUCCGUGAUGCAGUGGGCACAGUUUGUGGACCAUGACGUAGCCCAUGUUCCUUUCCCGUCCAUGAAUGGGAAAGGAAUUGAAUGUUGUCAUAAUGGACAAGAGAUAACUGGGAAUAUGCGUCAUCCAAAAUGCUGGCCCAUCAACACCGGCGGUGAUCGGCUUUACAGCUCCUUUGGCUCUUCCUGCAUGAACUUCGUGAGGAGCAUGUUAGCGGUAAACCCGGGACGAGACUGCACUUUCGGCUAUGGUGAACAGCUGAACCAAGUGACUCACUGGCUGGACGGCUCACAAGUUUAUGGCUCGACGGCUGAGGAGGAGCGUGAUCUGAGGACUUUUUCCAAUGGCCUCUUGCAGUUUUCUCCUAAAAAUUACUUGCCAAUUUUGCCAAAAAAUCAAGGCGGUGAAUGUGAGGCGCGUGAAAGGGGUGCCAUGUGCUACUCAGCAGGUGACUCGCGCGUCAACGAGCAGCCCGGCCUCACCGCUAUUCAUACCCUGUGGAUGAGGGAGCACAACCGUGUUGCCCGCGAGCUGCACAGCUUCAACCCGCAGUGGACGGACGAGCUGCUGUUCCAGGAGGCCCGCAGGAUCGUGGUGGCAGAGCUGCAGCACAUCACCUUCAACGAAUGGCUGCCUAUCAUUGUAGGGCGGAACUUUAUGGAUUCGUUCGGCAUUAAAGUACUAAACAACGGUUACAGCUUCGACUAUAAUGCCAACCUAAAUCCUAACAUGAACAACGAAUUUUCAACGGCCGCCUUUAGAUUCGGCCACUCGCUGGUGCAAGGAACGCUGAGAUUGUUCUCAGAGGUCGGUGGAGUCAGCACUAUUCAGCUAAGACACCACUUCAACUCUCCUCACAUAAUUCAAAACGAAGGCAAGCUAGAUGAAAUUGUGCGCAGCUUCACGCAACUUGCGAUCCAGAAAUUUGACAGUUUCGUCACCAAAGACUUGUCCAAUCACCUUUUCCAGACCCCAGCUACCCAGUUCGGAAUGGAUCUGAUGAGCUUAAACAUCCAUCGUGGACGUGAUCAUGGCAUCGCUACUUAUAACUCUAUUCGCGAGAUCUGUGGCCUUCGCCGCGCUAGAAAUUUCGAUGAUCUGAGGGACCAGAUGGACACAAAGUCUAUUGACAUUCUGAAGAACCUAUAUAGAAGUGUGGAUGACGUAGAUUUCUUCGUGGGUGGCAUGUCGGAAAAACCUGUGUCCGGUGGGCUGCUGGGAUGGACUUUCCUUUGCGUCGUGGGAGAUCAGUUCGCGCGUUUAAAGAAAGGAGAUCGAUACUUCUACGAUCUUGGAGGCCAACCAGGUUCAUUCAGCGAAGUUCAGCUCCAGGAAAUUCGAAAGUCUUCCUGGGCAAGAGUCAUCUGCGACAACACUGACACAAUCCGAGCUGUCCAGCCUCUCGCAUUCCAACUCCCGAACAACGGAUUCAACCAACCGUCUUCAUGCAGGAGUGGCAGCAUUCCCCGCAUGAACCUGCGGGCUUGGCAGCAGUAAAGCAGGCAGUCUUCCUCUCCACACUCAUCACCCUCACACAUCCAUGCACGUCCCAUGUCUGAUCGUAAAACACAUCUGUUUACUUGUUUACUCGAUACACAUGAUGGGUGGCAAUGGGAAAACUUGCUUUCUUAUGUAGAUGUUAAAGACACCUUUUAACCAUUAAUAUAGUGAA